AGGAAGAGACGAGCACCGGGGCAUAGGGUGCAGGCACCCGGCCGAGCUCAGGGGGUUGGGUGCCACCAGACCCACCGCCAUGGCCUGGGCUGGGGAAGGGACUGGGCAGCUUGAAGCCAUCCUGGAGUCGGAAGGCAGUGAGGAUGAGGAGGAGGAAGAGGAUGAUGAGGAGGAAGAGGAUGAGGAGGAGGAAGAGUCAGCUGUGGUGCAGCAGCACCCCCCUGUUGGCCAGGAGGUGGGCGAAGCGGAGGAGCGGCUGGCUGAGCUCGAGCAAGCAUCGCAGGCGCUGCUGGCCGAGCUCUCGGCGCUGGAGACGGAGUUUGAGAUCGAGAGGACAUGUCGGCAGCGAGCCGAAGCCUACGCAGCCCAGGUGAAGCAGGAGAACAAGCAACUGAAGCGGCUCAGCCUGGCCCCGAUGGCCGCCCCGGCCCUGCCCAAGGAGGAGCCCCCCGAGGAGGACCCCGACCCUGCUCAGUGCUACAGGCAGCAGUUGGAGGAUCUGCAGGAGAAGAUUUCCUGGCUGCUGGAGCAGCGGAAGGACCUCACCAUCCAGGUCCAGGAGCUGCAGAGGCAGAACCAGGACCUGAAGGACCAGCUGGAGAUGGGACAGGAGGAGCGGCAGCGCCUGCGGGCAGCCCUGGGCACCAGCCAGCGGGCACUGAAGUCCUUCAAGAGAGUGUCCCAGAUUGUCACCCAGGAUUACUGUGAUGCCAUGGAGCAGCUGGAGCUGGAGCAGGACCUGCGCCUGCACGCUGAAGCCUUCGCCCAUGAGAUGCUGGUGCAAAAGAAGGAGGCCAACAGGCAGAGCACGAUCCUGCUGCAGAGCUCAGGGCCCAACGCCCAGCUGAUGGCAGCCCUGCAGGAGGUGGGACGCCUGACCCGCUUGCUGGAGGAGUCCAGGCAGGAGCAGCAGCAGAAGGUGAAGGAGCUGGAGGAGCAGUUGGGAAGGCGGCCGGAGCCAGAGGAGCUGGAUGAGGCCCAAGCUGCCCUGGCCAAGGCUGAGGCUGAGAAUGGACAGCUGACAAAGCAGCUGCAGGAGGCUGAGGGGCGGCUGGUGGAGUUGGAGAAGGAAGUGGGGUCACUGAAGGAGAAGCUGGCCCGGGGUCCAUCACCGCAGAGUCAGCCCCCUGAGCCGGUUGCGCCUGCUCCACCGCCGCCACCACCACCGCUGCCACCACCCGCACCUACUGUCCCUGUGGACCCGCUCUUGGCAAUCAGGCAGAGGAAAGGGAUGGCAAACCUGCAGCGCAGCAAGCCAGAAGCUGAUGAUGCUAAAGCUCGAGCUGUGCAGGAGAUGAUGGAGCGGAUAAAGAACGGGGUGGUCCUGAGGCCCGCCAAGGAGCGGGUGCCACGGGGCCAGGGUCCGGCAGCAGCAGCCAGCAAGCGGAGAAGCGCGGCGAUGGAGCUGCAGGUCAUCCUGGGUGCCACAAGGAGGGCGAGCAGGAGGACCAGCGGGCGGAAAAGCAGCCUGAAGGGCAGGGACAAGCAGCUGGAGGCCAUCCUGCAGCGGCGGCGCCGGGCGGUGGAUACCUCUGCACCCGCACUGCCUGCCCCCCCGCCUGCCCCCCCACAGCAGGACCAUGGGGAUGCCGGGGCUGUGGGGAGGCCAAAUACUGGGAACAAGGACAUCAGGACAGCUCCAUCCGGGAGCGAGGAUGGGGUCCCAUUCAGACGCCGGGCAGGGGGUGGCCUGCCCAAGACCCGGCCACCUUCCCGCCUGUCCGCAGGCAGGGGGGAGCCAAGGUAGAGGCAGCUGCCCACCGCGCUGCCCUUCGCCCAGCAUCACCGGAGCUGCACGGCCAUGGCGGGGCGAGGAGGGGGCAUGGCGGCAGGGACAAGUGCUGCAGGCUUUCACCCUGGUUUUCCAGCAGCUUGCA